CACCCAAACGGGAGAAUUUGUCAAAUUGUUUGCACUUUUUAUUGUUGUACAUACAAAUACAAUAUACACAAACACUAAGCUCUAAGACCCUCUUAAACGCGUUCCUUCAGUAUGCCAGAAUUUACUAAUUCCAGAUGCCCAAUUUGUCAAACAGCCCCCCGGUAUCCUUUUCCUACACACAUCCUAUAUACACUAUAUAUACAUACAAACACGCGCACACACACACCCUCUUCUCACCUCACAAAACCAUUCCUUCCAUCACUCAACAACACAACCGCAAUCUCAGCGUGUCAAUGGUGGUGUACGUGGAGGAAGAGGAGGUCUGGAAAUGCUCCAAGCACCCCUCGAAGCGGCGGCGCAGCGGCAUCUGCCCCGCCUGCCUCCGCGAGCGCCUCGGCACUCUCUGCCCCGACUGCCACAACGCCCGCCCCUGCCCCUGCUGCGCCACCUCCGCCGAGUCCUCGUCUUCUUCCUCCUCCUCCUCCUUCGGCCGCGUCUCCAACCUCAUCGACGGCGAGCCCUCCUUCCGCCGCUCGAGAUCCGUCGCCGUCCCCUUCCUCCGCCCCAGGAACGCCGCCGACAGCGGCCGCGCCAGGACGCCCUCGUUCCUCUCCCUUCUCAAGAGAAGCAAGACGAAGAGAACUACCGAGCCGCCGCCCAAGGAGAAGGCCGAGCAAAGCGUGGCUGACGGCGUUGGUGAGGACAACUUCGAGAGCAAUAAUAGAAUUGAGGAUUUCGUGAGGAUGGUGUCUAGAUCAAGAUCCGUCAGCGCCGGCACGACGUCGGCGAUGGCGUCGGGGUUGUUCCGCCGCCGUGAUGACGCUUCGGCGCCGCCGGCGAGGGCUAAAUUCUGGCAUUUUCCGAGCCCGAUGAAGGCCUUCCGGAAGUCCAAGACUCCCAAGGUUGUCCUUCAUGAUCGAUCGCCUUUGCAGAGAGGUUGAUUUUAUUUUUAUUUUACUUUUUUUAUUUUAUUUUACCCAAUUAUUAACAUAAAGUGUUUUUAUUAACUUUUUGUAUUUGUAUGUAUUGAUCACACGGAGUAUUCCGAAUAACUAUAAUAAUAUGUUGCGAAUCUUAUUAUUUUGUUUA